CGACGCGAGCAUGACGCGAGUCGAAUGGUUACCGUCAAUUAAAUUAUUGUUAUGUUAAAUUUUACAAUGUUGUUUCGGAAAUCAAGUGCCUAGAUGUAUUAAAUAGUUUUUUUUACAAGUGUGUUAGUUUUGUGAUAAAUGCCUUCGAGAUGUCUAAAAAUAAGAUAGCAGCUCGGAUUGACAGUCAAACUGUCGAGGUGAAGACGAAGUUCGAUGCAGAGUUCCGUCGUUUCUCGCUGAAUCGUACCGAGAAACUGAAAUAUGACGAUUUCAAAGCGCUAAUCGAGAAACUGCAUAGGUUACACGACGUCGCCUUCCUGAUAUCAUACACCGAUCCUAGGGACGGCGAUUUACUACCCAUCAACAAUGAUGACAACUUUGCGAGAGCAUUGCUGACAGCCAGACCACUGCUCAGGGUCAUAAUACAAAGGAAAGGCGACAGCUUAGAAGAACUAAACGGUUAUGGGACAAUGCGACCGCGGAACAUAAUAUCGUCGAUCUUAAGCGGUACCCCGGCGAAGAACAAAGGACUCGCCAUAUCAAACCCACAUGACUUUAGAAUGGUAUCGGCUAUAAUCGACGUGGACAUCGUCCCGGAGACCUGCAGGAGGGUGAAGCUGCUGAAACACGGCUCCGACAGGCCAUUAGGUUUCUUCAUUAGGGACGGUACAUCAGUACGGGUCACACCGAACGGCGUGGAGCGUUCGCCCGGGAUAUUUAUAUCGCGACUAGUGCCAGGAGGUCUGGCGGAGUCCACGGGCCUCCUGGGGGUCAACGAUGAAGUGUUGGAGGUCAACGGUAUUGAUGUCUCCAACAAAACACUUGAUCAGGUAACGGACAUGAUGGUAGCCAAUUCUUCGAACCUGAUUAUAACAGUACGUCCCGCCAAUCAACGCGCCGCGCCGCACGACGCUGCGGCACACGACGCCACGCCGCACGACGCCGCGGCACACGACGCGCACACGCCCCCCGCCGACCACGACGACGACAGGUUCGAUCAAGACGAGCAAGACGAGAUCGUCGAUCUGACCGCGGUGACGCUGGAGGAGUACCCGGAGGGCGGCGCGCGCGGCCCGGCCCGCGACGACGGACACGUGCUGCACCUCUAGCGCGUCCGCCGCCGCACUGGGACACGACCGCGGGAUAGAGAACGUUCUGAUGACGUAAGAAAUUUUUCAAGCCGUCAUGACCGAGUCACGGGAACCCUCAUACACAUAUAGAAGAACAUUAUCAGAAUUUUAGUGAGGCAGUCAAAUUUGUUUAGAUUUUUAGUUGAAACAUUUGUUGAGCCUCUAUAUCGGGCAAGGAUUAAUAAGACACGUGUUCAGUUAAGUGACUUAACGUAUUUGGGAUUACAACCUAACGUGCUAUCGACAGCCCGACAAUCCCGAGACUGGCAUAGCAUCAUUGCAGUAUAAUUACCGCUAACACAUGCAUAUAAAUAUUAGUAGCUAUGAGGACAUUUGUGGUCCCUACACAUUUAAAAAAAAAAGUGAGGGAUACGUGAUGCUUCCGUAAAUAGAUAAACGGAACAUAUGGCUCUGAUAAAGUUUGAUUUUAACGUUAAAACUCUUAUCUCUGUACUAAAUCGAUAUUUGUAUUAUACCGGUAAGUUUGUAUUGUUUCUCUAUCCCCGAAACUAAACUCUGUUCCAUACGAAACAAGUGUCAAAUUCCUAAAAAACAUUCCACUUAGGAUACGAGUGUGUUAAAUUUUAAUGGUGCGUAUAUUUUCCAUGUGAAAAUUGUAAAAGACAAUAAUUAUUAGGGGAGGUCUUAUAGCUUGUGUACUUAAUCAUUCCGUUGUAUGCCUUAUAUCGUAAGUGAUAAGUGUCAAAUUAGAUAAAACUUAGUUGUCACAAUUAUUUAGAAGCAAUAAUACGUUAUUGUUUAAGUUUUUUUUUAUUAUUAUUAUUAUUAUUAAAAACAUUUAUGAAAUAGAAAAAGUAUAUUAUUAUAAGUUGGAUAUGUUAAUUGAGUGAACGAAUGGAUUUUUUGUCAUUCUAUAUAUAACAUUCGCCAUUCACUCCCAGCGAAUGUUUAUGUUUUUGAUUGACCAGUAGGAUUCAUAGAUUAUAGACCCGAGAGAUCACGGUUUAGAAACUAGGCAAGUUUCUAAUUAUUCUGAAAUCGAUUAAGUAAAGUAUACUCACGAACGAUCAAGGUGGCCUGGGCGAUGGCACGAGCAAUGAAAAGUACUCCAGGCCUAUUUUCGGCCUAGUAAGUUAAGAUUUUCACAUAUCAAAUGUUCAAUUGGCAUGGAAUAUAAUAAUGAAUUAAUAUCAUUGUUAAAUGGUGCUUAAAAACACUUCGAAAAUGUCCAAGUCAUAAAAUAUAAAGCUAACUAUAUAUUGUUGUCAUAAAAAAUUAAUAACAAAAAAGAUUAAAAAUUCUUGCUACGCGCUUGAGGUAUUAUUUUGAAUUAUAAAUUUUCAAAUCAAAAAUAUCGAUAAUAAUGUUUAAAUAUAUUUAAAUAGUAUUAAACAUAAGUGCCUUUAUGACAAUAUGUUUUCCAUUAUUACAAAUAACAUUCCAUUGUAACUAAUUUUAAAAAAAAUAUUAGUGAAACACUAUUUGUUCAUUUUAUUACAACGUCAAUUAUGUUCCUGAUUAAUCAAAUUGAAAAUUUUCAAAGACGACGACCUAUUUAAUAAUAAAAUGAAAAUAAACUAAAAAUAUAUUCAACAAACAACAAGAAGUAAAUAAAAAAUGCAUUUCAAUAUCGCUAGUCUAUUGUUGUUCCUGACGUUUGGAGAAAUUGAUUUUGUCUAUGGUCUAUCGUUGAAAAUAUCGCACAUAUUAUGGUGCUUUAAUAUUAAAGUCACUUAUGCAAAA